GGAAAUGGUAAUGAUUAGAGACACAGAUGUAAACAUGGCGGAAGGCCAAGCACCUCACCGUCAAGAUCAAAAAAUAGAGGUGGAAGAUUCAAAGAGACCCAUUGACAAUUGUGAAAAGAUCGUUGCUGCUGUUGAUUUUGGAACAGCAUAUUCAGGAUAUUGUUUCUCAGCAAAUAGAGAUUACCACAAAAAUCCUUUAGAAAUAACUUCACGUACCUGGAAGUAUUUUCACUGGAUGAAAGCAUAUUCAAAUAAGAUACCAACCACCAUUCUCAUCGACAAAGACAAAAACGUGAAAUCUUUUGGAUUUGAGGCGGAAAUGGAAUACGCAGAGAUGGAGGAGACUGACCACAAGGCUUACUAUUACUUUCAACGCUUUAAAAUGAAAAUCAGCAGACAACACGUCACUAAGGGAGAGGAUAUGAAUAUUAAAGAUAUUUCAGGAAAAGAACUUUCAGCCAGUUUUGUCAUUGGACGAAGUAUUCAAUAUUUUAAAAAGGAACUCCUACAACAGAUCGAUCGAACGUCUCUAGAAAAUAUAUACUGGGUGUUUACGUAUCCAGGUCUUUGGGAUUUUGAUAAACAGGGUGUUUUAGCGAACGCUGUAAUAGAGGCUGGAAUUCCAAAAGAGAAAUUCGUCCUCACAGAGGAGGCCCAGGCCGUGUCGUACUACCUUCAUCACUUACCAUACUAUAAACAGGAUAACAAAAGCAAUAUGCCUGUUUUUGUGGAAGGGAGAAAAUAUCUUCUUCUGGAUGCAGGAGGUGGAACAAUUGAUAUAACCGUCAAUCAGAUGCAGCGAGAUGGCACUUCAAAAACCCUUACAACGACUAGUGGACCGUAUGGUGGGACUAUCGUUGACAAAGCGUUCGAAACGACAGUGUGUACUAUUGUGGGUCAAACGCUCAUGGAUGACUUCAUUAAAACACAUCCAUCAGAUUACAUAGAAAUGAUGAGAAAUUUUGAAGUAUUUAAACGACGGAAUAUUUCUAAACUUGGAAAAGCGGAAAAAGUUCUUUUGAGAAUUCCAAUAAAUCUAAAGAAUAUGUAUGAGGCCAAAAACAAUCUUGAGAUUUCAGAGAGAGUACAGAGAGCAGGGUAUGAUGGCAAAUUGACGUGGAAGGACGAUCAGUUUAGAAUGACAAAGAUGUUUUUCAUUUCCUUGUUUGAAGAAGCUUUCGAAGGGAUUAAGCAAUCAAUCAGAGAAAAUCUUGAAAAUGAAAAGGCCAAGGACACGGACAUCAUAUUGAUGGUUGGGGGUUUUUCGGAAUCUUCGCAGAUGAAGCAAAUGAUAGAAGAUGAGUUCAAACCGCUAAAGGUGAUUAUUCCACCGGAAGCAGAACUGGCUGUCCUAAGAGGAGCCGUACUUUAUGGUCAUCAGCCAGUUGUUUUUCAUGCAUGUGGAAGAAAUCCAUGAAAAAAUUAGAUAUAGCAACUAAGGUAAUCAAUGUAUAACGAUCACAUUUCGGAUCUUAUGGAUGGGUGUUGUGGUUUUUGUAAUCAUUGAAUAAUUUUCAAGGGUUUAUUAAAAAUAAGCCAAUAUCAUUUACAAAAUUUAAUUACUGCAUGGCUUAUCGUACUAUGAAAUUUACAUUGAAGAUUGUAGCAAGAUUAUUUGUUGGUUUGUAGAUAUAGUGCUAGGUAUUUUGUUCAUCUUUUACUUAUGUAAAACAUUUUUUUUCGUUUGUCCUGAGGAAGGGACAGGUCGCCCCAAAAAUUGGACAAUUAAAUUGUAACUUUGGUUUUUUUCAUGACGUGCAUUGUAAAUAAUAUUGAUUUGUUUAUAUAUAUAUAUAGAUCUGUGUCUUGAGAUUGACCUUGUUUGUUUGAUCGUGUUCUUCUGGCAAUCAUUAUUUUUCGCUGUUCACCAUAUCCGAAUCAUCAAUGGUACGGCCUACCUAAUAUUGUUUUGAACUUAAUCAGUCCAAAUCAUUAUCUUCCCACCAUUUUACUCCAUAAUCACAUUGUUUUGUAAGUUCUCCCUCUAAAUUUAUCUGAUUUCUGUAAUUUUCAAGAAUAAUUCUAUUUUCAUCCCGACCCGACCAUGGUACAAACUCUCUAAACCAUAGUCAGUAAACACGCUUUACAACGAAACCACCACCAUUUUUAUCACUCAGUACAACAGUGUAUCACUCUUGUCAUCAAUGUAGUUUAUCGAUACUUGUCGUUUUUGCGUGUUAUUUGUUUAUGUAAUAUGUGUCUCUUGAUAAAGACGCGGGUUGCGUCGAAAAUUCGAGUUUUAAAUAACCAACAGUGUCGUGGCCUUUUCAGUGCUUUUAUAAAUUUCUUUACUGGCCUUGUAUCUUCUCAGAUCCGACACUUUAAGAAAGUAGAGUGUUGUUGAGUUUUUGUGCUUAUAUAUAUAUAUAUAUAUGUGUGUGUGUGUGUGUGUGUGUGUGUGUGUGUGUGUGUGUGUGUGUGUGUGUGUGUGUGUGUGUGGCAUGUCAAACGUUGCAAUAUUUGAUCUUUUCCAUUUGUAUUUUAUAAUUUUCUAUUUGUAUUCUAUAUUUUCCAUUUGCAUUGUAUAAUUUUUCAUUUGCAUUGUAUGAUUUCCAUUUGUAUUGUAUAAUAUUCUAUUUGUAUUGUACAAUUCUAUAUUUUCCAUUUGUAUUGUAUAAUUUCCAUUUGUAUUGUAUAAUUUUCCAUUUGCAUUGUAUAAUUUUUCAUUUGUAUUGUAUCCAGGGAAUGUUUAUUUUGAUUUGUUACGAAUGAUUUCAUUAGUUAACGUCACUGAUGUACCACAAAUGUAGACGUGCUUAGCACACAGGACCGUAGCAAUGACGGUUCUUUAUCGUACCAACGCCUGUGCAGCGAUACGGAAUAUUUGUUUUUAAGGUCAUUACGGAAAGACCUGUGAUUCUCACUUUUAAAUGCCGAGUGUUUGGGAAAGGAGCAAUCACUGUAUUUGUUUAUGUCUUAGGUUUGAUUUGAUUUGAUUGAUAGUAUCGGUUCUCGAACUCACGACCUCCCGUCCACAAAAAAACACAACUAGAACUGUCUAGAAGGAAAAAUCAAGAUGGCGCUCGAUAGGUAGGAGGUCGUUUUUCGUGAGCACAAAGUUUGGAAAUUUACGACUAAAUAGUGAAUAUUAUGGCAGUGUACUUCUAAGUAAGUGAGAAACAAACAUUCUAACAUCUAAAAGGAGUCUUUACAUCGAGAAAAACUUGCAACCGUACUUUGAAUACAGGAUUAUUCCAAUUUCUGAGAUUCGUGAGUACUAUUUACAAUUUACUACAGUGUAGCAGAGCACCUCAAAAAAAAUUUUUUUGUUGAGCGUCUCCUUUGUCGAACUUUUAAAUUCAGGUGCGUUAUUAUGGCAAUUACCAGGAAAGGAUCGGAGAAAAACAAAAGUGAUGAUUCUGCUGGAUCAAGUGAUCAGACGUUGGCAGCCAUUAGGUCUGACUUACGGGAAAUUAAAGGAAACUUACAAAAAACAGUGAAAACAUGUGAUCUUGAAUCCAUGGUAACAAAUAUUGUAACAGGUCUCCUUAAAAGUUAUGAGAAAGAAGCAGAAAAACGUGAAACACAGUUAAAACAAAAAAUAGACAGGCUUACAACAGACGUUGAUAAACUAACGAUGGAAAACGAACCCUACGGGAAAAAAUUUGUGAGGCAAAUAAAAAUAACAGGGAUCUACAAAAAGAAAUGAAUGAAGUCCGUGAUUUAGCGACAUUUUCCACAGUGAAAUCGAAUUACAAUGAACAGUAUAGUCGAAAAAAUAACAUCAAAAUAUAUGGCAUCCCAGAAACAAAAGGAGAAAACAUCGUAGAUAUAGUAAAAUCUACAUUGAAAAAGAAGGAGUGUGUGGAAGUUGACCAUCGAGACAUUGAGGCGGUGCACCGCAUUCCAGGAUCCAGACCAAACGCACCAAGACCAAUCCUAAUGAAGAUGAGAAACAACGACAAAAAGGCGAACAUAAUGCGUUACAGAUCUGCUGUGAAGGACUCGCCGGGUAAUGUUCGUCUUGGGGACUACGUCACCAAGGAGAACAGAGAAUUGAUUGUCCACCUUUUAGACCAUGAGAGCAUAACAUCUGCUUGGUACUUUAAUGGCUCUGUUUAUGGUAACGUAAAAGGAAAGCAAGUGAAGUUCGAUAUACUCGAUGACAUCGACUUCAAAGUGAAAAAAAUCCGGGAAUAAAAAUUCCAUCCGCUAUCGAUUUAGACUUUAGUGUUGAUUUAUUGUACUUCCGGUGUCAUAACGAAAAAUUAUUUUGGACAUCUGCCAUCCAAACAAAGUGACUCUCACGUCUCACAGCUUGAUUUUUCAGUUAGAUUUUGUUUUUAUUGACAACUGAUAAUCUUAAUUUAAUUGUAUUAUACAUAUAUGUAUUUCUACUUCUUUCUCUUUUCUAUCUCUAUCCCCAUUUCUCUGUCAACAAACUUCAACAUGGUUCCAGUGGGUAUCACUUUAGUCUCAGUAAGUUUAUUUAUUUUUUUCCCUUUUGUAAUCUGAAUGGUUAGAAUUAUUUCAGUAAAUUGCCAAGGUUUAGGUGAUAUUGCGAAACGCAAGGACGUAUUUAACUACCUAAGAGCUUUAGAGUGUAAUAUUUAUUGUUUGCAAGAUACACAUUUUUCACAUGAUACUGAAGAUGAAAGAAGGAACUUGUGGGGAUAUCAGUGCUUCUUCAGUUCAUAUUCUACAAACUCCAGGGGAAUUGCAAUUCUUAUCAAUAAUAAUUUUGACUUUAAACCUCUGAUAGAAAAGGGUGACAUUGAUGGAAAUUAUUUUAUACUUAAAGCAUGUAUAGAAGGUCAUGAAGUAUUAAUGUGUACUAUUUAUGGUCCUAAUAAUGAUACACCACUAUUUUUUGAAAAUAUACAAAAUCACAUUGAUGAUAUGCAAUGCAGCAAUAUUAUUUGGUGUGGUGAUUUUAAUCUGGUUCUAAAUCCAGACUUGGAUUAUUAUAACUACAAAUAUAUUAAUAAUCCAAAGGCAAGAGAUAAAGUUUUAGAAAUUAUGGAAAGUAAUUCUUACAUAGACCCAUUUAGACAGCUACAUGAAAAUAUUCGUAGAUACUCAUGGAGAAGAAAAACUCCAUUGAAACAAAGUAGGUUAGAUUUCUUUUUAAUAUCCGAGACUCUUUUGUCUGGGCUAGAAAUGUGUACUAUAGAACCUAGUUAUAGGUCAGAUCACUCAAUGAUAUCCUUGAAGAUAUCUUUUAAUGACUUUAAGAAAGGUAGAGGGUUAUGGAAGUUUAAUAACUCUUCACUCUAUGAUGAAAAUUAUUUAGAUUGUAUCAAAGAUAUUAUUAUAAAGGUAAAGAAACAGUAUGUAAUCCCUGUAUACAAUUUUGAUAACAUACAUGAUAUAUCUGAUGCAGACAUUUCCUUCUCUAUUAACGAUCAACUUUGUUUUAGAAACAUUACUUUUAGAAAUAAGAGGUAAAACUAUAUCUUAUGCAUCAUAUAUCAAAAAGAAGAAAGAAAAGAAGGAAAAAGAAUUAAAAGAAAAUAUCAAAUUACUAGAGGAAAAUGUUUGUGACAGCAAUAUCAAUGAACUGUGUAGUAAAAAGCAAGAAUUAGAAAACAUUAGAAAAGAUAAGUUGCAUGGUAUUUAUGUAAGAAGUAGAGCUAGAUGGAUUGAAGAAGGAGAAAAACCAUCACAUUAUUUUUGUACGUUAGAAUCUAGAAAUUUCACUAGCAAAAUCAUACCAAGAUUAGAAUGUAAUGAUGGGACAGUAAUUUAUAAACAAUCAGAAAUAUUAAGGGAAACAAAAACAUUCUAUGAACAAUUAUACAAGAAAAGCAAUUUAAACACAAUAGACUUGCACAAUGAUCUUGGUAUUGAAGAUGUUCCAAAACUUUCAAAUAAAGAAUCUGAAUCACUAGAAGGUAACAUUACUAUUGAGGAAGCCUCCAAUACCCUUUACAAAAUGAAAUCAAACAAAUCCCCAGGAUCUGAUGGUUUUUCUGCCGAAUUCUUCAAAAUGUUUUGGAAGUAUAUUGGUCUUUUUGUAGUUGGGUCUAUUAAUUAUGGGUACAAAAAUAACUGUCUUUCUAUUACAUAAAGACAUGGCAUUAUUACAUUGUUACCAAAAGGUGACAAGCCGAGACAAUAUUUGAAGAAUUGGAGACCAAUUACUUUGUUGAAUACUGUGUAUAAAAUUGCAUUGGGCUGUAUUACGAAUAGAAUGAAAAGAUACUUAGACAAAAUAAUUAAUCAAGAUCAAACAGGUUUCAUCCCCAACAGAUAUAUUGGAGAAAAUACAAGGCUUAUUUAUGAUAUAAUGCACUAUACUGAAGAAGAAAAUAUACCUGGAUUAUUACUACUAAAUGAUUUUGAAAAAGCCUUUGAUACUCUUUCAUGGACAUUUAUACAAAAAGAGCUAAAACUUUUUAAUUUUGGCCCUUCAAUUAGGAAUUGGGUAUCGAUUUUUAAUACAGAAAUUACAUCUGCAAUCAAUCAAGGUGGUAAUCUCUCUGAUAGAAUCAUUAUUCAGAGAGGUUACAGACAAGGGGAUCCAUUAUCACCAUACAUAUUUUUAAUAUGUGCGGAAAUAUUAGCAAUCCAAAUUAGAAUGAAUAAGAAUAUCAAAGGCAUUACUGUAAAUAAUGUAGAAAAAAAGAUCUCACAAUUAGCUGAUGAUACCUCACUUAUCCUUGAUGGCAGUGAAGAAUCUCUCGCAGAAACUUUUAAAACUUUAGAUUAUUUUUCAGAAAUAUCUGGACUACAUAUCAAUUAUGAAAAAACUCAUGUAAUAUGGUUAGGUUCCAAAAAAUAUAGUAAUGAAACUUUGCUGCCAAAUUACAGGCUUAGGUGGGGUACCACCAGAUUUACUUUGUUAGGAAUACAUUUGGACAUGGAAUUAGAUAAGAUACCACAAUUAAACUAUGAACCAGAAUUAGUGUAGAUCAAAUCUAUAAUCAAACAAUGGGAGAAAAGGUUUUUAACUCCCAUAGGGAAAAUUACAGUUAUUAAGACAUUGGUUUUGCCAUUAUUAAACCAUAUUUUAAUGUCAAUCCCAAAUCCUUCUGAACUCUACCUUAAGGAAUUAGAAAAGAUAUUUUUCUUGUUUAUAUGGAACAAUAAAAUGCAUAGGGUCAAAAAGGAGGUCAUUAUUGUCGGUUCCUUUUUAUUUCCGUGCAGUAUCCACGGGUAGUGUCCACACUAGUGGGCCCUCUUCCAGGUAUCUGGCUGGCUGCACGUAUGGCAGAUCUCACCUCAGAUCUCCAUUCUUUCCGGUCUUGAAGGUCGGCAGUUGAGAGCUUCCAUUCUCUACGAUCUUUCUCCGUCAACUCUCUCCAAGAUAGCAUUGGCCGACCAACUCUACGUCUCCCAGGAACUUGUACAUUUAAAGCGCACUUGACUGCACUGCUGAAUCUGACAACAUGGCCAUACCAGCGGAGUCUCCUUUCCCUUAAGACGAGGUCGAGGUCGUCGAUCCCAAGCCGCCCCAGCAAUUCAGUUGAACUUACAGUGGCCAUAUCUUCAGGCUUGAUGUUACAGAUCUGUCUUAUCAUGGCCCUGUCAUUGCGUAGUAGGCGAUGAAGAUUUGGCUUGGUCAGUGCCCAGGUCUCACUGGCAUGGAGCAUAGCGCUCCGUACACAGGUGUUAUACACUCGACCACGGGUCUUAUACGACAGAUGGCGUGAUGUCAGGACUGGUAGCAGCUCCCUGAACUUUUUCCAGGCAGUCUUCACACGCGUAGUGGCUGCAAUGUCACAGCCACCAGCUGCGGAAAGCAUGUCUCCGAGGUAGCAGAAGGAGCCUACAACCUCCAUUGUUAAAAAAUAUGAAGAUGGGGGUUUAAGAAUGGUAAACCUAAUGGCAUUCAUAGCAUCUAUGAAGUUGUUUUGGAUAAGAUACGUCAUGUUUUCAAACAGAGGGAUGGGACAUUUUAUUCCAAAGUUGGACUUAAGCAAAUUAGUAAACUGUGGAAUUGAAUACAUUACAAUAUUCUUGAAAACAUUGAAAAAUAAAUUUUGGAUAGAUGUAUUUAAAUCAUGGCUGACAUUGCAUAACCUUAGUAAAAAGUCUGAUGUUGCUGCCGAUGCACCUCUAUUUUAUAAACCAAAUAUUCAUAUUGGUGGAAAACCAUUUUAUAAUAAACAAAUGUUUGACAGCGGCAUCAGACAACUUAGUGAUAUAAUCAAUGAAGAUGGUUCAUUUCUUGGUUUUGAAUCGUUUUGCAAUACUAUUCCAAAUACAAAGAUUAAUUUUUUAGAAUAUAAUAGCAUUAUUCAUGCUGUUAAGGCUUGGGUGAAAAAUUGUGGAUGUGACAAAACUAUCAAAAAGUUCACAAAUCCAUUGAUUAUGUCAAAUAUAUAAUUAUACAGUGUUGAAAUGCAACAAAUCAAAACUUUUUUAUGAAAUUAUAAAUCAAAAUACCUCAAUCACAUCAGGCAAAACAAAAUGGAGUGAACUUUUGGAAGUUGACACUAAAGAAGGGAAAAUAAUUCAUAAAAUACCAUUCAGAGUGACAAAAGAUAGCAAAAUACAAUGGUUUCAAUACAGAAUUAUAAACCGAAUCUUUUUUUAUUCAAAAUCAAAAAAAUUGACUCAAAGUAUUGCAAUUAUUGUCAUUCUGAAGAGGAAACAAUAGAACAUAUUCUGUGGGAAUGUGAUUUUUUUUUUACAAUUCUUCCUAGCAGAAUUUGAGCAUUUUUUAGAAGAUAAGACUGAUUUACAGAUAGCUAUUACAAAAAAAUAUUUUAUUCUUGGUUUUAUUGAAAAUAAUAGUCUGAUACAAAAACACUAUUGUCUUAUGGCUUAAAUACUAUGUGUACACAGCAAGAUGCAUUGAGAAGUCCUUGAGUGUGCGUGCUGCAAUUUCACAAAUGAAUUUUUUUUAUGAAACUCAAAAAUUUAUUUCGUAUAAAAAUGUUAAAAAGGAUAUGUUUUAUGCCCAAUGGAAUCGAUGGAACCUUCUGUUUUCUUAACUUCUCUCUCUUCUUCUUCUUCUUUCUCUCUCAAAUCCCACAUACCUUCAGCUCAUAUGCUUUGUUUCUUUUUUUCUCUCUCUUCUCUGGAUAUAAUAUUAUUGUAUAUCUGAUAUACCGGUAUGUGCACAAAAAUAAAAAAUUAUAAAAAAAAAAAAAAAAAAAAAAAAAGAA